AUGGCACCGUACGAAGCUUUGUAUGGCAGGAAGUGCCGUACUCCUUUGACUCUGACGGAGGUCGGAGAUAGGCAGGCUUUGGGAGCCACUUUUGCUGAUGAAACUGCUCAGAAGAUCAAUUUGAUAAGAGAAAGAUUGAAAGCUGCUCAAGAUCGACAGCAGAAGUAUUACAAUCAGAAGCACAGAUUUGUAGAGUUUCAGGUGAGCAAGCUUAGUCCGAGGUAUGUUGGACCUUUUGAAAUCCUGGAAAGGAUUGGAAAAGCUGCUUACAAAUUGAUGCUUUCUGAUUCGAUGCCUGAUGUGCAUAAUGUGUUUCACGUAUCCACUCUGAGGAAGUGGGUAUCCGACUCUGGGAAGAAAGUAUCUGCUGAUGAGGUUGAGAUUCAGGAGAAUCUGACGUACAAGGAAGAGCCAGAGUUGAUUUUGGCAUACGACGUACGAAAGCUAAGAAGUAAACAGAUUCCAAUGGUUAAAGUCCAGUGGAAGCACCGUACUGCACGGGAAGCCACUUGGGAGAAGGAGUCUGACAUGAGACGGUUGUACCCAUACUUGUUUUGA